AUGAUUGAUUCGGGAAAUUUUCCAACAGUUAACAGUCGGAAACAUCUCGAUCAAUUUCAUUCAAAUUUAAACUGUGAAUAUUGUGGUGAACAUUUCAACUCACUUGAUAAAUUCAAUAAACAUAAAGUCUCCGAAUGUUCAAAAUUGAUUGUUGAAUGUAUAUUGAAAGGCCUUGACAGUAAUGAACGAUUUAUUCGUGCCAAAAAGGAGAAUCAUUAUUUGGCUGAACAGCAUCAACAGGCCAUAUUUAAACUUAUUCGUCAAAUUUCAUCACAAUUCAAUGAUAGACAAAUGAAUAUUGAUCUUCCUCGAACAACAACUGCAGGAGCUUGUAUUCCUGCUACAGCUCAAUUUGAAGAAGUUCAUGAAAUGUUGAAUAUCUUGGCAGGUGGCAUCGAAGCAUUGGUCAAUAAUGAACAACGUCUAAGUAAUGAAUCACUCCAAAUGCAAAUUACACUUACAAUAUUGAAAGAAGAAUCAUCGAAAUUAAAAUAA